AUGACACUUGACUGUGAAAAGGAGCACGAUCUCCAGCUCUCCAGAUCGAACAGCGCAGCCGCGAUCAGUGAACGAACCCUUGAAGAAUGUUGGUCGACCCUGCAACGACUUUUUAUGCACAAGAGCGCAAUGCAGCAGAUUCAACAGCAAAUUCCUCGUGUCGGACUGGGAGCCCACGGCGUAGCCAGCACGGGGGCUAGCAUGGGGGGCGGUACGGCACCCGGGGCAGAGACAAAGCCCCACCAAUGCCAGCAGUGCAUGAAGAGCUUCUCCAGCAACCAUCAACUAGUACAACACAUCCGCGUCCACACCGGCGAGAAGCCCUACAAAUGCUCCUACUGUGAUCGUAGAUUUAAGCAGUUAUCCCACGUUCAGCAGCAUACGCGCCUACACACCGGAGAACGGCCCUAUAAGUGUCACUUGCCAGACUGCGGCCGGGCUUUCAUCCAGCUAUCGAAUCUACAGCAGCAUCUGCGGAAUCAUGACGCUCAGGUGGAGCGUGCUAAGAACCGUCCCUUUCAUUGCAAUAUUUGUGGAAAGGGAUUUGCAACGGAAUCAAGCCUGCGUACGCACACAUCCAAGGAGCUACAGCUGCAUCUUGGUGUCUUGCAGCAGCAUGCGGCAUUGAUCGGUGGUCCGAAUGCGACAUCUUGCCCCAUAUGCCACAAACUAUUCCUAGGCACCGAAGCGUUAAUGGACCACAUGAAGCAUGUUCACAAAGAAAAGACACCACCUCCGAUCGAAUCAGCCGGACAAUUCAGCGAUAGUAUGCAUGGUACUGGAAAUAAUGGUCCUGGAUCACUUGCCGCUCAAUGUGCCUCUGAAUUGAGUUGUGCACAACCGUCAACAACGAGCAGUUCCAGCCUAAAUGAAAGCUACCUCGGUAAACGAAGAACCGCCAAUCAUCCCUGUCCCGUUUGUGGAAAGCAUUACGUGAACGAGGGAUCCCUAAGGAAACAUCUAGCAUGUCAUGCCGAAACCUCACAGCUAACAAGUAGCUUACGCAUGUGGCCAUGUUCCGUCUGUCAGGCCGUUUUCACCCACGAGAACGGCCUGCUCACUCAUAUGGACCACAUGCGCAUGGAUCCCAAGCAUCAGUUUGCGGCACAAUAUGUUCUGUCUCGAGCGGCGGCAGAGCAACGCGAGCGGGAAUCCUUAUUGGCAGCAACAUUGGCUGCCUCAUCGGCAGGAGCAGGGGGUGGAGGAGGGGGAGUGGUAGGGGUAGGAGGACCUUUGGGUGUGGGUGGAUCCAACUCAUUGUGCCCGUCGCCAUCGGCCAACUCGGAGUGCUCAUCGAAUGGACGACUGUCGUCAUCGUCAGCCUCUGAUCAGGAUCAGGAUCAGGAUCACGAUCACGAUCAGGGCUUGAGCGAGAAUGAGAACAGCAGCCACAACAACAACAUCAACAUUAACAACAACAACAUGAACAAUAAUAAUAAUAAUAAUAACAAUAACAAUAACAACUGCAGCUCAACUAAAAUCAAUCUUAACGAGCUGCGUCUGCCCAGUUCCAGCCAGUACAACAUGGACGCCGAACUCCAUGCCAAUCGAAUGUCCCUCAUGGCAGCUGCCUCCGCCGCAGCCGCCGCAGUGGCCGCCUCCUCGGGCCAGGUGUCCCUGUCCCGCUCCCACUCCCAGGACGACUCCAUUGACGCCGGCUCCGCUGGCAAUGCCGUUGUCCAGGCGGCGGUCGUCAACUUGGCCGCCGCCAUGCGAAUGAACAAUUCCGCCAAUCCUCAUCAGCAACAGCACGGAGAUCAUCAACUGCACCAUCAGCAGCAAAAUCAUCCGCUGCAACAGCAGCAACCACAGGGUCAAUCUCAAUCUCAGCAUCCGCAUCCACAUCCACAUCCGCAUCCGCAUGCACUUGGACACCAUCAACAGCAGCUGGCACAUCUGCCACUACUGUCGCCGCUUGCUGCCAACAGUGGUGGCACAAACAACAGUCGCCGCUCACCGACUUUAAAUGUGCCCAGUCUGCAAAUGCAAACGGACACUUCGUCCGUAAUGAUGAGCAUGAUGAGGAGCUCCUUGGAUGCUGGACUGGGUGGCAUGCAUCAAAUGGAGUCGCUGCAUCAUCAACAUCAACAUCAUCAGCAACAUCAUCAUCAGGCAUCGAAUUAUUCACAGCACGCUGUCACUCCCAGUUCACACUCCCAAUCAUCACAUCCCAACAUGCCACACGGACAACAUGGCCAACAUGGACAACAUGGCCAACAUCCGGAGACGGCUCUACGAAUGCAUCAACAAGCCGAGGCCAUAUUACGAUCCCACACAGAGGCGGCAUUUCGUCUGGCUGCCUCGGUGGCCUCGGUGGCAACAACUGCCGUUGGCAACAGCAACAACAGCAGCAACAACAACAGCAACAACAGCAGCAACAACCACACAGUCGCUGUUAAAAGCGAACAACAACAACAGCAGCGACUGAUUAAUGGUGAUCUACAUCACAAUACAUCACAACAACAACAACAACAACAACACCCGCUAUCACAACAGAAACAGGAACCGGAACCGGAAACAAAUUCACAUAGCACAUGAAGUCCGUGAGACUGAAAAGAAAGCGAGAAAGCGAUAGCGAAAAUGACACCAACAAAAUUAUAGUCUUUAUAGCGACAUUCACCUGUAUCAGCAGCACCCAGUACAACGAACUUUCUGACAUCUGUUCAACUAUUUCCGUAACGCUUCACAUAUUCAUCGUAUUAUGUAUUCGAAAUACUUCACGAUACAUUUUAGUCUUACCUAUGUUGUGACAAAAAAUUCAUGCUAAUACGUCCUACCGUUUUGGGCUGCCCAAACAUCGGACAGUCAGGACAAACAGUUUAAUACGCAUAUGUAGAUAAAUACUUCAUGAUGAAGAAGAUUCAUCAAGAUUCUAAAAUUCUCAACUACAACAUCAAGUAUUUGAGAACCCUAUUUCUAACUAUUCUUGUUAGUUUUAAUGGCUCCAAAAAGUACAUUUCUUUUUCUUUCUUUCAUUACAUAGUUUUAAGAAGAAAAGCAAAUCAAAA